CACAGCUGCUAGCUAAGGAAAGGUAGUAAAGAAAGAGGCGCAGGCCUGUGUCAGAGAAAUUAUUUUCUCACAUUUUUUUUUUGUUUUAAUGUGCGACUGGAACUCGGCUGUUUUACGUCGUUUGUUGUACCCGCUGUAACCGAAGUCAUUCUGGGUUGUCUCAUGAUUUCACAGAAAACUGAAAGCAAGUAACAAGAAGAGGUUGGUUUGAUGUGUGUGGCAUCAAGACAAGAGGCACCAUGAGUGCGGAGAUGGAUGCACUGACUGUGGUGAACCAGCUUCGAGAUCUUGCUGCAGACCCUUUAAAUAGAAGAGCCAUAGUAGAAGACCAAGGUUGUCUGCCAGGUCUCAUCCUGUUUUUGGACCACCCCAACCCACAGGUUGUCUACUCUGCACUACUGGCUGUGCGCUACCUGGCAGAAUGUCGAGCCAACCAGGAGAAGAUGAAGGGCGAGCUGGGCAUGAUGCUGAGUCUGCAGAAUGUCAUGCAGAAGGGCACAUCGCCUGGGGAGACCAAACUGCUGGCAUCAGAAAUCUAUGAGAUCCUGCAGUCAGCGGGUAAAGAAGAAGCUGAGCAGGCAGAGGCAGCGGCCGCCUCCUGCCGGCGUAAAGCCCACUUCUUCCUGGGCUCCAACAACAAGCGGGCCAAAACUGUAGUGCUGCACAUCGAUGGACUGGAUGACCCUACUCGAAGGAGUCUUUGUGAGGAGGCGUUACUGAAGAUUCGAGGGGUCAUCAGCUUUACCUUCCAGAUGGCUGUGAAGAGAUGUGUUGUCAGGAUCCGCUCGGACCUUAAAGCUGAUGCGUUGGGAACUGCAAUCAACUCCACCAAAGUAAUGAAGGCCCAGCAGGUGGUGAAGACUGAGGAUGGAGGAGAGCUGAUGGUUCCAUUCCAAGAAGACUCGGCGGUGCUUGUAGAGGAGAACUCAGACAUCCCAGACUACCUGCCCGAGGAGGAGAGUCCGUCCCAGGAGCAGGACAAGGCGGUGACACGUGUGGGUUCCAUCACAGACGGCAUGGGCUGGCUCAGCACGGCAGCCAACUUCCUGACGCGCUCCUUUUACUGGUGACCGCUUCCUGUGCCCCCUCGCUCCCCCCUUGCUCUCUAAGGUACCACCCAGCUGCAGUUUUAGCCUCUCUCAGCCUCAACCUGGACUAAGCCCUGCCUCUCCUCCUCACAGUAGCGUAGAUUCCCCUCUGCAGAGCACUCAGAGCUCCGGCUGUGUGUGCAACAAGUGCUGGACUGCCAAGUGGAACCUGCAAUAACUAAAACUUGUGUAUAUAUUGAGCUACAAAUCCCACUACUGGCUGUGUGCGCACAACUAUAUUCUAGCUGCAUAUGUAACUCACAAGACAUAGCCAGAUGACUUUGCAUCAGCCGAAACCAAAUAACAUUCUGGAAACGUGUAACACGGACAUGUGGCAGGCAUAUUUAAUUUCUCUGAGGCUGAUUUGGAGUACGUUGAAAAUUGGGAGUAUCAUUUUUGCAUGUUUUUUUUUGUUUCUUUCUUUCCUUCUGCUGCUUAUUCUGAAUAUUUUUCUUUACUUUUCAUAUUUUUCAUUCUUUCAUUUCUAACCCCCCCUUUUUUCAGUUUUACUCGCAUGCUACCAGUCUUUGUGCCAACCUUGCUUGAUGCCUUGGUCCUAAUUAUUGUGUGUGCCUUUUUUUUGACAUUUUUUAAUAUUAAGUUCUUCAUUUUUGGAUCCUUUGAAAGGACAGCUCAGAUGUGUGUCAGAUUUAGCUUUAGUGCUUCCAAGGCCACUCUUAGCAGCAGCAGCAGCCAGCUUUUAGCUCAGAGAGAGACUUCACUUCUGUUGAAACUUCUUAGACACCAGCAGGAGGCUCACAUGCAUUUCACUUCAAGUGGAACUCAUUAGAAGUGACUGACAGCUCCUUGUGUUAUUUGCACAGACUUUAGUCUACCUCUGCUUUCAGCCCUUUUGUUCACAUAAUCUGCAUUACUUUCUCUUGUUGUUUUAGUCCAACCGUAGAUAUGCAUGGAAGAGUUAGCUGCCUGCUUUGUUACCUGGACUCUGACCUUUUUUUACAGUAUUGUAGCCGCUCUGAUCAGUUUUUAGUUUGGCCAGCAGUGUCCUUACAGCAGAGAUCACAUUGGUGCACAUGCACAUAAACAACAACAGGGGACUCACAUGUUAGUACAGGUGCACUAGAACAAGAGUUUGUGUUUGAAACUGGUGCCUGAUCCCCCGAAAUCUCCAACCUUACAGGUUGAAGGAUUUUUUUUUUUCUAUUUUUCUCUGAUUGAUUGGCAUUUUUGAUAAGAGGUUGUAGCAGCUAAAGCUAACACUCUUAAUUUCUCUUUUUUUCUCUGACUCACACGGGGGUUAAUCUCCUCUGACUUGUGUGAGUGUCAUCAAUAAUUACUCUUAUAUACAGCGCUGACCAGGCGACUUUUAUUGUUCUGAUUGCGUGGGGACGUCACAGCAAGUUGAGGUCAAACUCAUGGACGAGUGACCUCAAUAACCUGAAUCCAGGGUGGCUGUUCUAUUAAAAAGCAAUAAUAUUUAAAUUUUCUGCAUAUGUAGUAAUCAAAGCUCAGCAUUAACCAUCAAAAUGUUUUUUUUUAAAUAAACUGUCUAAAUUGAAAGUUAAGCUCAUCGUCAGUAUUAAAAUUCUUAUUUUCCCAUUUUUGCAUGGAAGGAAUUUCUAAGUUGGAUCAUGUAAUUUCAUUUUUAAUAUUUGGUUCCUGCUCAUAAUGCGAGGAAAUACUUGAACAUUGUUUCUUAGAUCUGUCUUAUGUGUUGAUCAGUGUGUACAUCUUCCUCAUCUGUUCAUUAACCACAGCUGUAAGGUUGACAAAAACCACAAACUAAGUCCUAAAAUGUAACUUCAUGUGUACAGAGUUGAUCUGUCUUCAAAUGUAAUAUAAUGUAAUCUUAAAACUGUAGAUUCCAGUACACUGUUAAUGCAAAUGAUGAUAAACUUAAAGUCUUGA